GUGUUGUGUUUCACGCAGAACCCGAAAAAGGCGGUUGUUAUCGAUGGAUUACCCGUGGAUGGGCACGCCAUUCGGUGACAAACCUUAAGCAAUUCUGGCGCCCGCGGCUCAGCCGCAUGCUCCAUAUCUACAUCGCCCUUCUAUACGCCUAGCAAUCGAAUCGUCAUUUGAAGCCACCACAGCUGGGCCGGCCAUCCUUUCCCAUCAGAAUGCCGCAAGACGGAUCUCGCGACCCCAUCGCCGGGCCAGACAGCGGUCCUGCGCCGCCAUUCCCGCUGAGACUCAAUGGAAAGGUGAUUAAAGGCUUCGGACGAGGGAGCAGCGAGCUCGGAAUACCCACGGCAAACAUCCCGAUCGAUGGCCUGAGCGUUGGAGGCAACAAAGACCUGGAGUCCGGCAUUUACUUUGGCUGGGCUGGCCUGUCCACCUCUGAUGCCACCAACGCGCACCCUCCUGGAACGAAAGGGAAAUACGAGUUGAUGAAGGCCGACAUCUACGAUGACUUGACGGCCAAGAUGCAGCAGCACGCAGCGCCGGACACCUCGUCCAGCCACGGCGCCGUGUAUCCCAUGGUGAUGAGCGUUGGCUUCAACCCCUACUACAACAACACGGUGCGAAGUGUCGAGGUGCACAUCAUGCACGACUUCCAGGUCAACUUCUACGAAACGCACAUGAAUCUCAUUGUCCUCGGCUUCAUCCGCGGAGAGGCCGACUAUACCACCAAGGAGGCUCUGAUCGAUGACAUCAAGACGGACAUCGACGUCUCCGGAAGGAGCCUAGGGAGGAGAGAGUACCUGAGUUUCGCCAAAGACCCCUACUUGACGGAGUUUAGCGGUAGGAGUGAGAUAGCUAGCUGACGGUCUUGAUGGAGCUUGGUAGAAGCCACGAUACAAUCAAUACAUAGUUUAGAGGUUACAAGUGAGCUGCGUAAUGCGUCGUCCAAGAGCGCCAGCAGAGGUAGAGCGCUCAAGCACCACCCUCGCGCUUCGCAUAUUCCUCCUCAAUCCGUUCCUCGUACUCCCGAUCGCGACGUGCCUGUUCUUCGUCGACAUCCUCGAUGCGGCGGCUGGCCGUGGCCCCUUGCGGACCGCCGAGCUGCUCUCGGCCCUG